UGUACUGAUAUCAUAUAAUUUCCCCAUUGCCACAGAUCAAUUGCCGCACAAUUAUUGACGAGCAAAAAGUGGAAAAAGGAAAGAAAUAAAAAAAAAAGGUUGUUACCGGAGGGAGAAGAAAGGAGUGAGGAGUCAUCGUAGAACAACAGACCCCGCUCGAAUCCAUCGAUCAGAAACAGAGAAGAAAGAUCGAAAGACUCUCUUUCCCGAUAAGGUCUCUUGAGUCUCCUGGGUUCGCUUUCUGACCUAAAAAAAUGCUUCCCCUUUCUCUGCUUAAGACUGCACAGGGCCACCCAAUGUUGGUGGAAUUGAAAAACGGGGAGACUUACAAUGGACAUUUGGUCAAUUGCGACACUUGGAUGAACAUCCAUCUCCGGGAAGUCAUCUGUACCUCUAAGGAUGGAGAUAGGUUUUGGAGAAUGCCAGAAUGCUAUAUACGAGGAAAUACUAUCAAGUAUCUUCGAGUUCCUGAUGAGGUGAUCGAUAAAGUUCAGGAAGAAACAAAGAGCCGAUCAGAUCGGAGACCACCUGGGGUGGGUCGUGGAAGAGGAAGAGGUAGAGAGGAUGGUGGAAGGCCAGUGAAAGGCAUUGGACGUGGCCUUGAUGAUGCUAAGGCUGCUGGUGGAGGCCGUGGCAGAGGGGGCUCAGGUGGAAAGACGGGUGGAAGCAGAGGUGCAGGCCGGGGCAGGGGCUGAUGCAACAAGACAUGUUAUCCGACAACUUUGGGCCAGUUGCUACUUUUACAGGCAUUGUGUGCCCAACUUUGAUGUGAAAUGUUAUUGCAUUAAUGCCUUAUUAUGUGUUUCAAUGUAUGUUAUGCUUCUCUUCCGAACCGCCAUUGCAUGUUUCUAUGUUCUUUUGCUAGUGGAGUUUAUUCAAUUUAUGGUUGUGAGAGAAUCACCAAAUUCUUAUAUGUAGAUUGGGGUUACGGGGAAAUACUCUUACUUCAGUCACAUUUUAAUGCUUAAAAUUGCAGAUCUAUUUUUUUCGGAUA